UCGCGAGACUCAAUCCCAGCCCCGCUCAUCUGCCCACCUCAACAAUUUUCACAGUCGAGGGCUGAUUGGUGUUCCAGUUAUCCGUCAAGCGCUUUAACCACGGAGGGCGGGGUUGAGUUUUGCUGCUAUGGAAGCAGUAGGCGGGGAUUAGAAGAAGGGGCAUCUGGGUGGGUUACCCUAUGUGUGGUAACCGGUUGAAGCACUGAGGGGACGUAGACGGACCGGUGCUUAACGGAUUGCUUGUCGUAUAGUGAUAACUGACGUAGGAAAGCUGCCUGUAGCCGUGGGUUACGCACUGACCGGGCGCACCACCCCCGUCAGUAUGGAGGACACGGUUUGCGUCCCCGCGGACCUGACUCCUGAGGAGCGUAUUGAGUUGGAAAAUAUCAGACGUCGGAAACAGGAACUUCUGGUAGAAAUCCAGAGACUGCGAGAUGAGUUGAAAGAUGCCAUGAACGAGGUGGAAGGCCUUGAGGCAAAUGAAGGAAGUAAAACGUUGCAGAGAAAUCGAAAGGUUGGCAUGGGGAGGAAGAAAUUCAACAUGGACCCUAAAAAGGGCAUCGCGUACCUGCAGGAGAAUGAGUUGCUUCGGAAUACGCCGGAAGAAAUAGCACGUUUUCUUUACAAGGGUGAAGGGCUUAAUAAAACUGCCAUCGGGGACUAUUUAGGAGAGAGGGAGGACUUCAACAUUGCUGUUCUUCAUGCUUUUGUGGACCUUCAUGAGUUUACAGACCUCAACUUGGUCCAAGCCCUCAGGCAAUUCCUGUGGAGCUUCCGCCUUCCAGGAGAGGCUCAGAAAAUUGACCGCAUGAUGGAAGCGUUUGCACAGAGAUACUGCAUGUGUAACCCUGGCGUGUUUCAGUCUACAGACACGUGCUAUGUCCUGUCUUUUGCGGUCAUUAUGCUGAACACGAGUCUGCACAAUCCCAAUGUUCGAGACAAGCCCGGUUUCGAGAGAUUCAUCUCAAUGAACAGAGGCAUUAACGAUGGGGGAGACCUUCCCGAGGAGCUGCUCAGGAAUUUGUAUGACAGUAUCAGAAAUGAGCCAUUUAAGAUCCCAGAGGAUGAUGGGAAUGACCUGACCCACACCUUCUUCAACCCAGAUAGAGAAGGUUGGCUCCUCAAAUUGGGUGGUAGAGUGAAAACAUGGAAGCGGCGCUGGUUUAUUCUGACUGACAACUGUUUGUAUUAUUUUGAAUAUACUACGGAUAAAGAGCCACGAGGAAUUAUCCCACUGGAGAAUCUUAGUAUUCGGGAAGUGGAAGAUCCACGUAAACCAAACUGCUUUGAGCUCUACAUUCCUAAUAACAAGGGGCAACUAAUCAAAGCCUGUAAGACCGAAGCCGAUGGCAGAGUAGUGGAAGGCAACCACAAUGUCUACAGAAUCUCAGCACCAACACCCGAAGAAAAGGAAGAGUGGAUAAAGUCUAUAAAGGCAGCUGUGAGCGUGGACCCAUUCUAUGAGAUGCUGGCAGCUCGGAAGAAGCGCAUCUCUGUUAAGAAAAAACAGAUGCAGCAGCAGCAACAACAACAAGAACAGUCUUAAAAGGACCCCGGUGAUGAUGAUAUGGCAAUACUCCAAUCUUCUGGCCUCUUCCAAACACUCCUUUAGCAAGAUGACUCUUGCCACUUUAAAGAAUAUCUGCUCUAAAAGAUAAAA